AUGGACGCCGAUCAGACGGUUUUCUACCUCACCCCGGAGAACGACUGUGCGUUGGAGAUCGUUCGAGAUCCAGAUAAUAGCGACCGAACAUGCCCGAACCCUAGAGACCCAGAGACGCUGUGCCUGCGAAUUGGAUUGGACCGAGAGUCCAAGAGCCCACCGUAUCUCGUCAGCUUCGGCAGACGAGCCCACAACGAUGUUAUCCUGAAUAGGUUCUUUCGGAGAAAUGAUCAGUGCUAUUUCGAUUUCAAUAAAGAAACCGGAGAGCUUCUUCUCCACGGCGUAUCGGAAGAUAGCGAUGCGCAACUCAACGAGAUCGUCGAAUUGAUCACCAACAAAGAGGAAGAGGAACUCAACGAAGAGGAAGGGAAAAAGGAGGAGCUGCUUCGUCCCCAAAUAUCGAAGACCCGUCGGCAAUGCGUCGUGAUUCUCCGCCCUGACCUGUACCGCGAGGGCGUCGAACGCCAGUGGCUCUUCCAGAUCCGUGACGCUAAGUUUCGCUUGAUACCAGGAAGAACACAUGGCCGGAGUGAAGCAGCACUCACCAAGGAGAGGCUGGCGUUCGCGGGAAAGACCAACAAUGAUAGGACAAUCGAAAGAACUUUGCAGCAACUCGGCACGCUCGACCUGCAACCCAAGGGAUUGCCAGCUUUUAAAUCCCAUAAUACUCGGUUCCGAACCCCACCCGAGCCGGAAAAGGACAAGGUGAUCCGAAUCACAAAGCUCAAACCGCUUGGAAGAGGCGGCCAAGGUGAAGUGCACGAGGUUGUUGACAUGUAUACCGGCACGCACUACGCUUGCAAAAUCGUCGGUGUAAGGACGGAAGUGCCGGAGUGGAAGAUCCAUUCCGAGAGCGACUUCAGGAUAAAAGUGGAAAACGAGGUAAAAAUGGUUCAGAAGCUGAAGCAUCAUCAUAUCGUGCCGUACACACACACCCAAGGAUUCAAAAUCGGACAGGACAUCCAGAUCUUCAUGCCUAUCUAUGAAGGUGACCUCCACGAUCUGCUGCAAGGGCUCAGAGACCAAGCGCAAGAGGAGGUGCGAACCAUAACCAGCAAGAUGCUAUACCAGAUGUUAGAGGCACUGAAUUUCGUUCAUACUCACGAUCCGCCAAUCAUACAUCGAGACGUUAAGCCUCCGAAUAUCCUCCACCGCGGCGGCAACUUCUUUUUGACAGACUUCGGGAUCGCCAAAGCCGUCGAUACAUCAAACACUAUCGUUGGAACGGGAUGGUAUAUGGCGCCUGAAGUCAGGGAGAACAGGAAGCAGACGCCUAAAGUUGACAUAUGGGGGCUCGGCGUGACAGUGGUGGAGUGCUUAGAGCAUUUAGAACCUGAACACGAGAGGAGAAGACAGUUUCCGGAGUGGAAGCAGUGGUACGAGUACCUCCAGACGAGUCUGAACCAACAUCAUUUUCCUUUCGCAUCUAUGGUCACCGUCGACACCGAUCGACGUCCAACGGCUCGCGACCUACUCAGCGUACAAAACUGGCCGAUGAAUACCACCUUGAGUUUAGCAGCACCGCCGCUUUCGCACCAGCCAAACGGAACGACAACGAUACACUCCGCACCACCUAGUCUCAUGGACUGGACACAAACGGUACCCACAGCGUUCUUCCAGCCCAAGCAACGCAAUGAGAGCAUGCAGCUAUCGCAACCUAACCUGGUGGCAAUUGCAUCGCUAAACGUGCCUCCCAGUCCACCGGCACAGCCAGGAGCCAGGCGCGGAGAGUCUGUCAAGUCUGCGAGGUCUCGAAACGAAAGGGAGAAGAAAGGUCACAAGCGUAAGAGGUCAUCGCCGAAUGCCGAUGCACCAUCUCACUCCUCAGGGGAAUCAGAACGAACAUCAGGCAGAACUCUGCGGCCGAGACCGAAACGGAUGCGUAAGGCAGAGGAGAAGUAG